AUGGAUGACCCGCGUCGUCGGGUGCGAGGCGAUCCAGCGCCGCCGUAUGGAGAUUUUGAUGGUCUGUUCAGUGUUGAGAUGCACCAUAGUGGUUUCUUUUGUGGCAGUGACAUAAACAGAACAUGCAUGGACUAUGAGGUUGAUUGGUUUGACAAUUGUCAGACUGACACUUGGUCCUUACUCUGGAUUGAUGACUUUCUUCUGCAGCUGGGCUAUGAUAGACAAGCUUCAAAGAUUGAUGUUUACUGGUGUGAACCAAGAAAGACAGUUAGUGAUGGCCUGAAACUCUUGACCUGUGAUGCUGACAUUGUUCUUAUGAUUUGUGCAACAUUAGAGCACAAGAACCUGCUGCUGAUAGUAGACCAUGGUGAUACCCUGCAGUCACUAAACAAAGAUAAUGUUCUGACAAAUGGAGUGAAGGAUCCACCUAAGGUUAUUACUCCAAAGAGGCAUGGAAAAGAAAAUGUCAGUUAUCCAGAGAAAGAGCAGAGUCCUAGAGAGAAAAUGUCAAGGACAACAAGGAGAUCUAUGUCAUUUGGAGAAGGAUGUAGCUCAAGGAAUGCUAUGGAGGAGGAGAAUAUUGAGGAUGUUAACAAUAGUGAAGAAGAGGGAAAUGAUGAGGAUGCAGGGUCAGAAACAGAUGAGGAGUUCUAUGAGAGUGACUAUGAAGUUGCAGAAGGUGAUGAUGAUUUGUUUGACGCAAAUGUAGACAAAGAUGUUGAUGAUCACAGAGAGAAGAAAAUACUGCCAGACUUUGAAGAAGAACUUCCAGAAGAUGCUUUGGAGGACAGCCACUUAAAUAUGUCGAAAGAAGAGAAAGAGAAGCUGAAGCACAAAUUCAGUACUUUCAACCCAACAACUGAUCUGAAUGCACAUGUGUUUAAGAUUGGGUUGGUGUUUGCAGAUAUGAAGGAAUUGAGGCAUGCUCUCACUGCAUACAGUGUAAGGAAUAGGGUGAAAGUGAACAAGCUCCGAAAUACUUCGGUAUCACUAGAGGCUGUAUGCAAGCCUGGUUGCACUUGGUACUUGAAGGCAGGUAAAGAUAACAGGUCAAGUAGCAUACAGAUCAAGAAGUAUGUUGACAAUCACACUUGCACAAAAGCAUGGGACCUGAGAGUUCUGACUGCUCCUUUUCUUACUAACAAGUUCAGAGAAGAAUUCAGAGACAAUGAAAAAAUGCCUCUGAAGAAAUUUUCAGAUAAGGUGGAGACAGAAUAUAAUUUGGUUCCACACAGGAGUAAGUUGGGAAGAGCUAGGAGAGCAGCAGUGAAUCAAAUAAGGGGAGUAGAUGAUGACCAAUAUAAUACUUUGUGGGACUAUGGUCAGGAGCUUAGAAGGAGCAAUCCAGGAAGCCAGUUCUUCUUGUGCACUAAGGAAGUAUUUGAUGAGAAGACAAAGAAGGUACAAGACCACUUUUCCACAUUGUACUGGUCAUAUGAUGCAUGCAAGAGGGGAUUCCUUAAGGGAUGUAGACCAAUCACUUUCCUGGAUGGUUGUCACAUUAAAACGAGAUACAAGGGAAGAUUACUAACAGCCGUUGGAAUCGAUCCCAAUGAUUGUAUCUUUCCAGUAGCAUUUGGGUUAUGUGAAGUGGAGUCAACCCAUAGCUGGGAGUGGUUCUUAGCAUCCUUAAAGGAUGACCUGAACAUAAUGAACACCUCACCAUACACCAUUAUGAGUGACAAGCAGAAGGGAUUAAUAAAUGCAGUGAAAAAGGUUUUCCCUCAUUCAGAACAUAGAAACUGUGUUAGGCACAUUUAUCAAAAUUUCCAUAAAGUACACAAGGGAGAGCAGCUCAAGAAUGAUCUAUGGUCUAUAGCAAGGUCCACUAAUGAAGCUGCAUACACCAGGAACAUGGAUCUAAUGAAAGAACACAGCUUGGGUGCCUACACCUGGGUUGAGAAAUUGGAGCCAAGAACAUGGAUCAAAGCAUUCUUUGACCCGUUUUGCAAGUAUGACAUAUUACUAAACAAUAUGUCAGAAGUGUUCAAUAGUUACAUUUUGGAUGCGAGGGAAAUGCCAAUUAAGUCAAUGUUGGACCAGAUAAUGUGGAAGCUAACAAACAGGAUUGUUGGUAAGCAGAGAGAGGCAGAGAAAUGGACAGGCAGAUUAUGUCCCAAGAUACAGAAGAAAUUGGACAAGUAUGUGGAGUGGGCAAAGAACUGCAGGGUGCAAGAGUAUGGGCAAGGUGUUUUCAAGGUUUUCUCUUUGAACAACACAUACAUUGUUGACCUGAACAUGCUUUCUUGUGAAUGCAAAAGGUGGGUACUAUCUGGCAUACCUUGCCAUCAUGCAAUUGCAUGUUUUAGGCAUGAGAGAAUUGAGCCAGAGAGCAUGGUCCAUUCAUGCUACACUAUUGAGGAAUAUAAGAAGUGUUAUGGAUUUAAUAUGAUGCCAAUGAGGGACCCACAGCAAUGGGAAAAAAUGCAUGGCAUUGCUGUUCACCCACCCCUGUACACAAAAGUAAUGGGCAGGCCUAAGAAGAACAGGAAAAAAGAUCCAGAAGAGAAGAAAGACAAGACUGGGGUGAAAAAAUUGAGCAAACAUGGUGUGACCAUGCAUUGUUCUAUUUGUGGAGCUGCUGACCAUAAUAAGAAGGGCCACCACAAUCAUGUUAAUCAAACAACAACUGAGGAAACAACAAUUGAAGAAGAAUAUGACGACCCAAGCAUAAUUGCUAACAUCAUGCCACACAGAGUCUACCCUCAGCUCGAUCCAACACAAACCCCUGACUCAAUGGUUUACAAGAUGCAAGAAAUGGAGAAGUUUACAUAUCCAGCACCUAGGGAAUUUGCCCCCCUACCCGAGUCUAGCUUCAUUGCCAAUGCCAGAGACUCAAUUCCUAUGGUUAGAGUUACAACAGCCAUGUCAAGAGGCAGGGUGAGAAAGACUGCUAAUGAGAAAGUUGCAAGGCCAAGAAAAAAGCAGGCAAGGGAAGGCAAGGGAAGGCCAAGAAAAUAGUUGCUGAGAUUUUUGUCAAAAAUGAUUUAUAAAAUAGCAGAAAUUUGGUCAAAAUAAUCAAUUGACUGAACGGGCUAAGGGGUUUUCUGCAAAGAAGAUGCGCGCGCGCCGCGCCGGACGGAAUCAGAGGCUGCCAGCGGGCCAGGUAUGCCACGCCAGCACGUCGUAUGAAGGCAGACGGGAUUUGUGACCGUAUGUGCACGUAAACGCAAGUUAUGCGACCACAACGAUGUAUUUUGCAAGU